AUGACAUCCACAAGCCAGUCCUCUCGUCCGAUCUACUAUCAACCUCGAGAAAGUGCAAUACAUGACGCUCCUAUCGAACCUUAUGCGCCUGGACCACCACCUCCACCUGCACGCUCUGUGGUUUUGCAUUAUGAGGACAUUGCCAAACAACAUCUAGGGAUUAUCAAGGACGGCGAUGUGUAUGACCUAAAGUGUGAACAUUGGUAUGUGUCAGAUUUCCAUGACAACCCUGACAAGGUCUACGGUCCCGAUUUCAAAGCCGGUGGCAAUAGCUGGAGAUUGGUGCUCUAUCCCAGAGGAAAGGACGGUCUCAGCGAACAUGUAUCCAUCGACUUGCAGUGGACAAGCGGGAUGUAUGCAUCCUCCUAUGACCACAUUCAUGCACAAUUUGUUAUUUGUAUGUCUACAAUGAGUUUCCCUACCAACUAUACUUGCCAGAGUACAUCGUUUCGAUUCACCAAAGCUGAAAGCGAACAUGGCUUUACCGAAUUUGGCAACUUUGAUCACUUGACACGCAACGACUUUGACACGGGUCGUGAAGCAUUUGUGAAGAACAACAGGACACGUCUUACCUGCAUUAUCCGUAUCCUAAAGUCCACCAUCGAUACCAAUUCUCGAUACAUUGGCACGAGUGCUGAUCCAUAUAACUCGAGGGCGAAAACAGGAUACAUUGGAUUAAGGCGAAUCGGCAAAACGUCCUAUAUGGAAGCCGUGAUACAGCUACUUUUCAACAUUAGAAAGUUUCGAAAAGCAAUUUACAACAUACCAACCGGCACCGUGGAUGGCAUCGUUACACCUUCAGAUAGCCCAGCGCUGGCAUUACAACGCUUGUUCUAUCGCAUGCAAUUUGGCACAGAUUGCCCAUCUCUUGCCGAGCUGAUCCAAUCCUUUGGAUGGAACGACCGUGACAUUAAUAGCUCUGGAGGGGAAGAGUGUAUUGAGUUUCUCUUGGCCUUUUUACGAAGCAUGGAUGAUACCUAUUUCAACAAAACGGGCCCUUGGUCUGAAACUAGGAAGCUCUUUGGCAAUGAAGUAGCACAUGUUGGGAAGGAGUAUUUCUUGGAAUCAAUGAUUUCACUCGAUACAACAGGAUGCUCAUCUAUACAAGAAUCCCUAUCUAAAGCAACAAAGAGAGACUGGGCUUUUCGAAAACGCCUACGUAUCAAGGCUCUUGCUCCAGUAUUGUUAUUUGAACUCGGUAUUUGGAGGGAGGAUUAUGGACCAACGCUUCAAAAGAUUGGCCACCAUGUGUCCUAUCCGCUCCACCUUAACAUGAGCCCCUACACUGAGACGUUUGACAGGGACACAGAAUGGGAACGAUACAUCUUAUUUGGAAUGAUUAUGCACUAUGGAUCGGCCAAGAAUGGAAACCAUUGCACCUAUAUCAACGGUCUCUCAGGGCACUCAGAAUGGCUCAAGUUUGAUGGUUGGAAAGUGGAAAAUGUGCCGGUGGAUGAAGUCUUGAAUCCUCAACAAAGGGGAAGCUCUGUAAGGCGGUACAAGCGCCAUAACCCCUACGUUUUAUGUUACAUUCGUGAAUCCCAUUUGAAUGAAGUGCUCUGUCAUAUCAAGCCUGAAGACAUCCCCACUCAUAUCCGUAAUAUCAAUGCCUAA